UAAUCACUGGCCAAUGUCGUAUAAAAAAACAAUGCGCUUUCAGUAAACAGCCGACUCUUACUAAAUUAAUAAUUAAAUAAAUUGUUAAAAUAUUAUAUUAAAUAAUUUACUAAACUUACAUACAGUAUAAAAAUGGGAAAAAAGACAGUUUCUUCAGUCAAUAAAAGCAAAGAAAAACGUCAAGCGCGAAAGUUAGAACAGCGCCGCAUAGCUGAUGGAAUGUCCUAUGUUACUUCUGCAAACAAAUUGAAAGAGCUCGCUCCCUUGUGUAAAGAGCUGCUUGUCUACAGUAACAAGGACUUAGAGAUAGACAUGUACAUCCAAAAGGUAUCAGAACUUGACAAAAAAGUAUUAGACUGGGCCAUCAGUCUGACAGAAAGAAAUAUGAAAUCAUUGUAUGAAACAUGUGCGUGGGGCUGGAACAAGGAUGAUAAAGUUGAGCAAAUGAUGGACGAUACAGCAUGGUACCUGAUAGCUAAAGAUAAAAAUAAUAAACUUCAAGCAUUUUCACAUUUUAGAUUUGACAUGGAUUUCGGUGAUCCAGUACUUUAUUGUUACGAGUUGCAAAUCGAGGCGGAAGGAAGACGCCGCGGGCUGGGCCAGCGCGUGCUGAGCGUACUCGAGCGGCUGGCGCAAGCGACGCGCAUGCGCUGCGUGCGGCUCACUGCGCUCACACACAACCCCUCCGCCGCCGCAUUCUUCAGGGCUUGUGGGUACAGUCUUGAUGAAACAAGUCCACCGAAAGAAGAGAUUUCACAUUACGAAAUCUUGAGUAAAGCUACCGAGGCGACGGCGAUGGAGGACGAUACAUUACCAGAACCACCCAAUACACGGAUAGAACUCGCAGGCUCUUAAGAAUUGCUAGUUAUACUUUAAAUUAAAUUAACAUUU